GUCUUCUGGGGUUGCUUCCUCUUCAGACCUUGAUGAACGAUGAGUUGCGCCUGCAAGAGAUUCAUUGGCAACUCCAGCAUUGCCAGACGGUGAACGCCGUGCUGCUGAUUGUCUACAGCACUGUUGGUGGACCAAUCCAGGGCCUGUCCUCCCUGUCUGACCGUCUGAAGAGAACAACCAGCGUGCUGCUGGAUGGGAUGCACAAGCCGGACUUUAACCUGGAGGAGGCGCUAGAGAACACCAGUGCCCAGAUCUGCUCCGAGCUCAACAAGUCUCUGACGGAGAGAAACUAUCCCGCGCUGACCCCAGAGCUGCAGGCUACCCUCACAGGCCAGAUCCGCAGCAUCACCCAGAAGGAUAAUCCCAUCCGUACUGUCGUUGAGGAUCGUGUGCAGCAGUACUUCAUGGCUCUCCUCAGCGACCCCAAGACCCAAGCCAGACUGGAAGAGAUCCCUCCUGGCCUGACUGCCAUCAAACCUGAACUGGCAUCAGUUGGAGCAAAAUUCAUCUCCUUGAUCAACUACAACAAGAUCGUCUACGGGCCCUUCUACACGGACAUUAUCAGAAAGCUGUUGUUCGGCCCACCGGAAGCCAACUGUGGUCAGGGCGCCGCUCAGGUUUCUGUCCCGUCCACUUCAAACUGAAAUGUGUCAUAAGCAAAAAUACUUGAAGUGAUUGAUGUACCAAAAAAUACCUUCACAUAACUUUGUGCUCAGAGCAUCACUAAGGUUGAAAAUCUGAUGUUUACUCUGAGGUUCUAACAGAUUUGCAACCAAAUAACACAAACAGCAAUUUAAGAAAGUGUCAGUUUGUCCACUUACAUUUGGUUGCUGAGAAAUGGGGCAACGAAUACGGUGCAUUCAGAAAGUACAAGCAAUGAUUGUUGUCAAAGGUUCUUCAGGAAAUAGCCCAACUAUGUACUUGUACCUUUGGUUAUUCUGUGUUAGUGAUGCUCACUGACAGGGACUUUUUUUUAUUAAGACUACAAUAUAACAAAAUGGGGAUCUGGCAAACUUUUAAAAUGCACUGUGCAAAAGUAGCUGUAAAUACUGCACUUAAUACUCAAUUUAGAUUUAAAGAUGCUGAAAGUCUGUACUUUGAGUAUAUGUUUAUUAUUAGGUUUAAAGUCUAAAGUUGUGUAAUAGAGAGUUUAAAAUAUAUGAAAAAAAAUUUAAUAAUAUAAAACUAUGGACCUAGCUGGAGCUGAGUUACCACGGAGUACCUCUGCCGAUCUACAAAAGUGAAUGCAGUAACGAUGAGUGUAUUCUAAAUGUGAUCUUGACCACAGUAUUUGCAAUGAAAGUGGUGUGAGCGCUGCCUUGAUUCAUGUGCAUCUUAUCUAUAACUUUUCAAUUCUCGUGAAACUUUUUCAGCUUCAAAACAGUUGACGUUUUUCUGUGUUUAUGCAAAAAUGAGUGAACCGUUUGUUAACCUUGAAAGUAGCUCAUGUGACUGUUCAUCUAACGUGAUGAUGUCUGGAGAACUAAACAUUAUUUUUCCACUUUAAAUUCAUAUUAUUCAAUAUUUUAAUAUUGAAGAUAGAAAUCCUGAAUGGAACAAAAAAGUUGUCUGUGAUUUGUUGAUGUACUUUGAUUUGCGUUUCCGUUACAUGUUGCAUUGGGUUUUUUGUUAGUGGAGUACUUGUUUUUAUUGACUUAGUUGUUGUGUUUGGCACAUUUUGAGCUGCUGUAGUUGUUACAGAGUUGCUGUUGUUUUCUUUUAUCGUACAACCCAGAAGGGUUCCUAAAAGGUGCUAAAACUCAAAAGGACUAUGUGUCUGAAAUUUCCAAUAAACCCAAGUGUAAAACAAA